GUUGUUCUUCAGGAGGCAUUAUGCACUGACCACUGUCAUCUUCUGUGCAUUGGACCCUCAAGAUCGAAGUGAGUGGAAACAAGAUGGCUGCACUUCAGCAAAGAUCUUUGGCUUUGUGGCGAGGAAGACGGGCAGUGGGCAGGACAACGUGUGCCACCUGUUCACGAGCACGACUCCCGAGCAGCCCGCCAGCGCCAUCGUCAACUUCGUCUCCAAGGUGAUGAUUGGCUUCCAGAAGACCAAGUAGCACUGCAACGCUGCUAGCUAAUUGGCUAGUGGGGCUGUUUCUAAAACUUAAAACCGUACAACCCUCAACCUGAAGGUUAUGAGCCAG